GGUCCGAACAGGAAGCUCGACGUUCCGGUCUACGAUCUGUCUGCGGUCCGAGGAAUCUGGGAGGUCCGAGUGAAGAAGUACCGAACCAGGCAGAAGAAGGAGCAGGAGAGGGUGGAGAACAGCGCCCUCGCCAGGUCAGUUUCAUCAAUGUCAGAGCAGCGCUGCCUUUCACAGCCUGGCCUGAAGGGGGCGGUGUUCCCGUUCACAGCCUGGCCUGAAGGGGGCGGUGUUCCCGUUCACAGCCUGGCCUGAAGGGGGCGGUGUUCCCGUUCACAGCCUGGCCUGAAGGGGGCGGUGUUGUGUCAUCAACUUACAGCUUCGAUCCCAAAACAAGACAGAGAUUCACUUCAGAGUUUUAGGUCUAAAUACAACAUUCCUGAAUUUCCAACAGCUAAAUAUUCCAGAAACAGUUGGAAGAGACGCACAUAUGACAGGAAAUGACCUAAUUAAUGACAUCAGCAGUUUGUGCUCUCUGACCAACAGCAGCAUCCAGUCAGUGGAUCUUUUCACUGAGGCUGAAUCACACACAGCUGACUGGUGAUGGAGGAAACCAGUGAGAGCAGAAGCUGCUUUUAGCAACAUGAACACUGUGAGGAUCGAUCAGCAGUGGCAGUACCGCAUCUACUGCAAGAGCAUGAAGGCCAAAGAGCUGCAGCAGCUGCACCACUACCUGGAGAGGUCGCUGCUGACGGAGCCACCGCCGUACGGAGAACACCUGGACCGGAACACAGACGUCCAGCGGGAGGAUCCGAGAGUCCAGCAGGACGGGGAUCAUCCGGAUCGGAAGGAUCUGAUCUUCCGGCUGGAAGGAGAUCGCUGGCUGGACUUUCCCCGGGAGCUGCAGUGGACCACCUACCUGCAGGAGUGGCACGUCAGACGGACUCGGAUCCGCCAGCUGCCCGACUUCCUGGUUCUGUUCACGCAGCUCACCGUCCUGGAGAUUCCCAGGAACCUCAUCGCGGAUCUGCCGCCUCAGAUCGGGAAGCUGGCGGCGCUCCGCAGGCUGAACGUCAGCUACAACCGCCUGUCCAGAGUUCCUCCGGAGCUCGGAGACUGUGAGAAGCUGGAGCGUCUGGAACUGGCCGGAAACCUGAGCCUCAGCGAACUGCCCUUUGAGCUCAGCAGCCUGAAGCAGCUGGUCCACCUGGACAUCUCGGAGAACCGGUUCGUCUCCAUCCCCAUCUGCGCCCUGAGGAUGAGCCGCCUGCAGCUGCUGGACCUGAGCAACAACCAGCUGAGCGACCUGCCGCAGGACAUGGACAGGCUGCAGGAGCUCUCCACCCUCUACGUCCAUAAGAACAGCCUGUCGUACCUCCCAGUUUGUCUCACCAACAUCACCAGUCUGAAGAUGCUGGUUGCCAGCGGCGACGCGCUGACCUGCGUCCCGACCAAACUCUGCAACGACCCGGAGAUCAAGUUCAUCCGUCUCUAUGACAACCCCGAGAAGAAGAGGAAGACGGAGGAAAAGGAGAAGAAGAAGAAUGAGAAGAGGAGGAGGUGGAGGGAGCAGGAGGUGAAGGACGGCAGUGAGAAGGAGUUCAUGGAGGCGUACAUCAGCACACUGAAGGACAGAGACACCGUCCCCUUCUCCACCACCAAGGUCUCCAUCUCAUGCCUGCUGUGACGGACCGGAACCAGAACCGGACCAGUUCUGCAGAGUCCAGUUGGUCAGAACAGCUGCUGGACGGGGGUCCAGAUCCUGGUUCUGAUGGUUCUGGAGGUUCUGGAGGUUCUGGAGUCGCCCAGAAGGUUCUAGUUUUUCUUGUUGGGUUUUAUUUCAGUUUAAAUUCCAAAUUUUUAUACGUCUCAAAGUUUUAAUAGAAAAUAAAAAUAAAAUCAGAAACAGCAGAAAAACUAAAUAAUGAGAAUAAAAUGUUCCUGUUUCA